CCCCCGCCGCCCGGGCUCCGCCUCCGCGACGGGGCCGUCGGGAGGCGGCGACCGGAAGCCACUUAAAGCCGAGCUCGAGGUGACAGGCGAGCUAGCUGGCCCCGGAGCGCGGCGGAGGUGGUCUGUGCUCGCGGCGGCGGAAUGGCCCGUGCGCGGCUGGCCGCGGCGCCGCUCUGCGACCCCUAGACGCCGGCGCCGGCCCCCGCGCGGACACCGCCCGCGAUCCGGCUCCUGACGUCCGUUCUCUGUGGCGCUCGCUCAGGAUUUUUAGACUCUGAGGAGCAAUUGGAGCUAAUCCACAUCAUGGAAAUGGAAACUACCGAGCCUGAGCCAGACUGUGUAGUGCAGCCUCCCUCUCCUCCUGAUGACUUUUCAUGCCAAAUGAGACUCUCUGAGAAGAUCACUCCAUUGAAGACUUGUUUUAAGAAAAAGGAUCAGAAAAGACUGGAGACUGGAACCCUGAGGUCUUUGAGGCCAAUAUUAAACACUUUGCUAGAAUCUGGCUCACUUGAUGGGGUUUUUAGAUCUAGGAACCAGAGUGCAAAUGAGAACAGCUUACACGAACCUAUGGUGAAAAAACCCCUGGAAAUCAAUUCAUCGUGCCCAUCAGCAGAAAACAGUAUGUCUGUCCUGAUACCUGAUGGAACAGAUGUCAGGAGCCAGAUACCAGAAGCCCAUCCUUCCGCUGAUGCUCCAGAACAGGUGGUUCCAAUCCAAGAUCACAGCUUUCCAUCGGAAACUCUCAGUAGGACAGUGGCAGAUUCUACCCCAGGGCACUUCCAGACUGACCUUUUACACCCAGUUUCAAGUGAUGUUCCUACUAGUCCUGACUGCAUAGACAAAGUAAUGGAUUACGUUCCAGGGGUCUUCCAAGAUAACAAUUUUACAAUCCAGUACAUUUUAGAUACCAGCGAUAAGUUGAGUACUGAGCUCUUCCAGGACAAAAGUGAGGAGGCUUCCCUUGACCUCGUGUUUGAGCUGGUGAACCAGCUACAGUACCACACUCACCAAGAGAACGGAAUUGAAAUUUGCAUGGACUUUCUGCAAGGCACUUGUAUUUAUGGCAGGGAUUGUUUGAAGCACCACACGGUCUUGCCAUAUCAUUGGCAGAUCAAAAGGACAACUAUUCAGAAGUGGCAGAGUGUAUCCAAUGAUUCUCAGGAGCACUUGGAAAGAUUUUACUGUAACCCAGAAAAUGAUAGAAUGAGAAUGAAGUAUGGAGGACAAGAAUUUUGGGCAGAUUUGAAUGCUAUGAACGUGUAUGAAACAACUGAAUUUGACCAACUACGAAGGCUAUCCACACCUCCCUCUAGCAAUGUCAACUCCAUUUACCACACAAUCUGGAAAUUCUUCUGUAGGGACCACUUUGGAUGGAGAGAGUAUCCUGAGUCUGUCAUUCGAUUGAUUGAAGAAGCUAAUUCUCGGGGUUUGAAAGAGGUUCGAUUUAUGAUGUGGAAUAACCACUACAUCCUCCACAACUCAUUCUUCAGGAGAGAAAUAAAAAGGAGACCCCUCUUCCGCUCCUGUUUUAUACUGCUUCCAUAUUUACAGACACUUGGUGGUGUUCCCACACAGGCUCCUCCACCUCUUGAAGCAACUUCAUCAUCACAAAUCAUCUGCCCAGAUGGGGUCACUUCAGCAAACUUUUACCCUGAAACUUGGGUUUAUAUGCAUCCUUCUCAGGACUUCAUCCAAGUGCCUGUUUCUGCAGAAGACAAAAGUUAUCGAAUCAUUUACAAUCUUUUUCAUAAGACUGUGCCUGAGUUUAAAUAUAGAAUUUUGCAAAUAUUGAGAGUACAAAACCAGUUUCUUUGGGAGAAAUAUAAAAGGAAAAAAGAGUAUAUGAACAGGAAAAUGUUUGGCCGUGACAGAAUAAUAAAUGAGAGACAUUUAUUUCAUGGAACAUCCCAGGAUGUGGUAGAUGGAAUCUGCAAGCACAACUUCGACCCUCGAGUCUGUGGAAAGCAUGCUACAAUGUUUGGACAAGGCAGUUAUUUUGCAAAGAAGGCAAGCUACUCUCAUAACUUCUCCAAGAAGUCCUCCAAAGGAGUUCAUUUCAUGUUUCUAGCCAAAGUGCUGACUGGCAGAUAUACAAUGGGCAGUCACGGCAUGAGAAGGCCCCCUCCAGUCAAUCCUGGCAGUGUCACCAGUGACCUGUAUGACUCUUGUGUGGAUAAUUUCUUUGAGCCUCAGAUUUUUGUCAUUUUUAAUGAUGACCAGAGUUACCCUUAUUUUGUUAUCCAGUAUGAAGAAGUCAGUAGCACUGUUUCCAUUUGAAAAAUCUUGGUACUGCUAAAUUAUUUGAUAUGAACUCAAUCCAGCAUUUGUAGCAGGUUUUGAAUGGAUGAGACUAGAUGGGGAACAGCAUUGGACAUUAAUAGGGCACUUUUCAGACCUAUUUUUUAAAGUGCUAGAAUGCAUAAUUUUUUAAGACAAAUACAAGUUUUAAAAUGACCACUUAUUCUUUACUUAUUUACUAAUUGUUGUUAGUGUACUCAGUGUGGAAAAGACUACAGACUGCAUAUUCUUUUCAUUCACACUUGUACAUAUAGGCAGCAAUGUUAUUAGCAGCAUUAAAACAAAACAAAACAAACAAAAAUAAAAAAGCCUAACUAAUUAAAUGUGGCUGGUGUCUGGUACAAGUUUGGCUAAAUGGAUUGGAGGCUGUGAGCAAAAUGAGGAUUCUAUUUAUUUAUUGACAUUGGUAAACCUGACCUAGUACUACCAUGCUUAUUCCCUGUCCAAAGCAUCACUGCUUUGGUGUAGUACAAGUUCAUGAAAUGUUGGCAGGUGAAAAGAAAUUUUUGUUUCUAUCCACAGGACUGAAAUAUCUCACCCAACCAGAGAACAUCUGUGACUUUAACUUCUGCAGAGUUUGCCUAAGAAUUCAGAGUUCUGUUUAGAGGAAGUUUUUUGUUUGUUUGUUUUGUUUUGUUAAAGGACCCAUUUGAAAAAUUUUUGUCACCAGCAAAAUCAUUCACUAGCUAGUUACAUGAAAUGUGAUUUUUGUGUUGUUAAACUUGGAAAACUUAGUCUCUUCCAUUAUCAUCCACUCCAGUUUGAAGGAGUUAGGCAGCUAAUUUGGUGGUUAAAGCCAGUCUUGAAGAUUAGAAGUAUUACUUUCUUUUGGGGUUCCAGACCUAGCCUUUGACUGAAUGUUUUAGAGAAAGGAAGUACAUCUGUCGCUGAAUUGAUAAGGCUUAUUUUACCGUGCUUUGCACAAAGUAGGUUCUCAAAAGUAUUUGCUGGAAUUUUGGGUAGAUGGCAAUCCCACCCCUACACCUGCUUUCCAGAUGCAGCUGGGUUCCCUGGCUGCCACUGUACCUUACUUACACUACUUACUUAAUAGAAACACAAACCUGGAAAUUGUGCCACUGGCCCAACUGGAGCACUCUUAGGUGAAUAUGCUGUUGCCUCAGUUCAGGGAGGUAGCAGCUAUGUACACAACUCCUUAAAAAAAGCAAGUAUCUGGAUGUACAAAAGUAAAAGUGUUCGUUCACAAAAGAAUUCACCAUGGAAUUCUUUCAGCUACCAAGCUCUCCUGGUAUGUUUGUGGUUGUAUUAUUUACACAAAACUUUUCAGGAACUUCUGUGUUGUUUAAAGCAAGAUGUAUCUAUACUGAGGUCUCAGUGGGUCAGUCUGUUAGCACUUAUCAGGGCUUCCACACAGUUAUUUAUUUUGCCCUAGUUGAUCCUGUUGUUUGCUGCCAUUGGCAUGAGACAGCCAACUGUGGCUGUUAUAGUUCUUUCCUUCAGUUAUAACUUGUAAACCAGUGAUUCCUAAUCUUUUUCAAGUUAAGACACCUUACCAUUGCUUAUUUGAUUUUAUGAAACUUGUUCCUUUUUUCCUCCCUGAAGAAAAAGAAAGCUUUAUGACAUAUUUAUUUUUUUAAUAAAACUAAGCAAAAAUAAAAGUUAUGGUAAUUCUUUAAA